CAAAAAAUAUGAAAGCUAUGAAGUGAAACAGACAAACGCGGGGAGAUUAAACAAAGCAAGAUAGGAAGGAAGUGGGAACAAGUGUUAUAUUACAGUAGCAGCCAACACUGAUCAGUCUCCUGCUCACUGACCUCUCCCUAUCUCUUCUGUCAUUCUUCACCAAUAUACUGCUUCAUUUCUUACCGCUGCCACUUCUCUAAGGGGCAAAGUAAAGCCCCUACUCCCUGCAUUGUCCUGUGUUCUCCCAUUAUUGCACCAUUUGCUCAUUUUCUGAAACCAUAAAGCUAAUACUCUCUGUUAACAAGCCAUUCUGCAGUGGAAAUCCUGUAGCUACCUAACUUAAAGCAAGUUGAGAGAAGGCUAGGAAGAAAUGAAAGAAAUUGGAAAGAGAAAAACUAGAAGAAGCAGAAUCCUCAUGGAUCUUUCCUCCGUUAGCUCCUUAGCUCUCGUUCUCAACCUCAUUGUCUUACUUGUAACCUCAAAAGGUGUAUCAGGUGCUUCUUUCACAUUUGUCAACCGAUGUGCCUACACUGUCUGGCCUGGGAUUUUAGCAAAUGCAGGCAGUCCUAGACUGGACAGCACCGGAUUCGAGCUCCCAAAAGACUCAUCUCGUUCAUUUCAAGCCCCAACGGGGUGGUCGGGUCGUUUCUGGGGCCGAACGGGCUGCACAUUCGACGGAUCCGGCUCUGGAGCUUGCCUAACAGGCGACUGCGGGGCGGGUCAGAUGGAAUGCAACGGACUCGGAGCUGCUCCGCCUGUAACUCUGGCUGAGUUCACCCUUGGAACAGGAGGGCAAGAUUUUUAUGACGUCAGCCUCGUUGAUGGCUACAAUCUUCCCAUGAUCGUUGAAGGAAGUGGCGGGUCGGGUCUUUGUGCUUCGACCGGGUGUACAAGUGACUUAAACCGGCAAUGCCCCUCGGAACUCCGGGUUGGGGACGGUGAUGCUUGCAAGAGCGCGUGUGAGGCGUUUGGGAGCCCCGAAUAUUGUUGUAGUGGCGCGUAUAGCACACCCGCGACGUGUAAACCGUCGGUUUAUUCGGAGAUGUUCAAGGCCGCGUGUCCGAGAUCUUACAGCUACGCGUACGAUGAUGCUACAAGCACAUUCACGUGUACCGGAGCAGAUUAUACGGUGACAUUUUGUCCCUCUUCUCCCAGUCAAAAAUCUUCCAGAGAUACUACACCAGUUACAGAAGCUACCCCAGUGACAGGCUCAACAUCACAAGGUUCAGGGUCAGAAUCUGGGGUAUCAUAUUCGGGUAAUGGUUAUGGAUAUUCUGGUUCAGGGUAUUCAAGUUCUGGUUAUGGAUACUCUGGAACCGGGUACUCUGGUUCAGGUUCAAGCUCUGAAUCAGGAUCUGGACAAACCAUGUUGACAGAUGGGUCAUGGUUAGCUGGUUUGGCCAUGGGGGAUUCACCAAGAACAGCUUCUCCCUCUAUUCCACAAUCUGUUCUCAUGGCAUUAACUGCUGUCUCUCUCUUGUUUUCAUUUCUUUACUUGUAGCCCUUCUCUAUCUUUGUAUCAUGGCUUUUGUUAUUUUUGUUAAAUGUGAAUUCUUUGCAGAUUUGCAGCCUUGAUGGGUAAUGGGGUAUGGCCUUUGUUUGAAAAGCGGACAGAUUCUUGGUCCAGUUUGUAAACCAUCAGCUUCAAGAUUCCCCCCUUAGAAAUUUCAGUGUGAUAUAUAACAUUAAAAGGUGUUUGUUUAUCUAAAAUUUUGGGAUUUGUUGGCUCUUUUUCUUCUUUUUCACUUGAAAGGGUUUUGUGAAGUUAAAGCCAGCCCAUCAGAAUCUAGGGGGAAUUUCUUGAUUCGGUCUAGCAAUUUUUGGUUCUGUCUUCUGCUAAUCUUUGCUUUUCCAGUUUUGCUCCUUUGUUUCUUUUGGCUAAUUGGGUUUGUAAAGAGAGCGAGAGAUCUUCCUUAAAAGCUUGCUUGUAAUGUGAAAAUGUGAGCAGGAUUUUGGCUGUUGUAUGUGAAGGAUGCCCAACUCGCACGUUUUCAACUCA